AUGGCUCCUGGACAUCCAGGUAUGCCCCAUGGACAUCCUAUGGCGGGAAUGCAGCAUCCUGGGGCAGGUCAUAUGGGAGGUCAACCGGGGCCCGGUAUGAUGCAGGGUAUGCAUCCGGGGGUAUCAGGGCCACAGGUCACACAGGGUCCUAUGGUGACUGGUAUGCCUCCUGGCGCAGGAACUCCAGCUCCUGGACCUAUGCACAAUGGCUCAAUGGCGAUGGCACAUCUAGGACCGCAACAAGCUAUGUUCCAACAGCAUAAUCCGCAGAUGAAUUUUGGCCAGAUGCAAAUGACGCCGCAACAGCAAUUGUUCGCACGACAGCGCAUGAUCCAGCAAAUGUCUCAGCAACAAAACAUGCCUAUGACCAUGCCAAAUGGACCAGGAGGCUUUAACCAAGCACAACUGGCACAGAAGAUGGGAAUGGGAAUGCACCCGCAAAUGCAAAUGAAUCCUGGAAACCCUCAGGUUCAGAAUUUCCAACAACAUCAACACCAACAACGUUUAAUGCACGCUCAGCAAGCCCAAGCUCAGGCCGCUCACCAUGCAGCUCAAAUGGCUGCUGCUCAGAAUCAGAGAGCUGCUGCUCAGCAAAUGCAAAUGUCUCGAUCGCAAGAGCCAACCACUCAACCUCCACAAUCGCAACCGACUCCUGCUCCUCAGACACAAGCUCCACAGCAAUCUAUACCAACCUCACAGCCACCACCAACUCCGCAACCAAAACCUCAACAACAACAGCAGCAACAGCAGCAGCAGCAGCAGCAGCAGCAACAACAACAACAACAGCAACAGCAACAACAACAACAGCAACAACCUCCACCACCGCCGCCUCCUCCUCCACCCCAAGCUCAGCCUUCCAACAAUCAGCAGCAAAACCAAUCGAAUAAUCAACCAGCCAAAACAUCCGAACCUGAAGAAGAACCACAGAUCAAACAGGCCCAACAAGAUGUAGCCACCACCAUGAUGAUGUCUGAACUACCAAAACAAGAUAUGGUCACAGGUCAAUGUGUUCUGCAACUAAUCAUGUACCAGGAUACUUUGGCCAAUCCCGAACGGCCCCAUGACCUAGACUACUGGGAGCAAACUAUUACCCGGUUUUUUUCCCCAUUCGGUUCGAUGAGGCAGCAAUUAUUCAGUCACAAAAACGGAGUCGACAAAUCCUUCCAACUCCAGUUCCCCUCUCUCGCUCGAUAUUACCACACACACUUUGCAAGUGGAGUGAAGCAAAUCUUCUUGCAAUCGUACGAUCACAACCAGAACAAGUUGACCAAUGGCGGUGUUCACAUCUUUAGCACCAAUGCGAGUCUGACAUAUGUCUUCAGCAAUGAUAUCCGAGUCACAACUACGGGGCAACUCCGAGUCAUCUUUGAUGAUACGCAGAAAAUUGAACAUUUGAAUAUCAGCACAUCGGGAUGGCAAGAAUAUAUUCCCCGAAACGCCAUAUUAAACCCACCAUCACCAGAAGUGAAGCAGAGCCCCAAGAUCACGAACAAAAAUCUGAAGCGAACUCAAGGCAAGGCUGGUGGUGCAAGUAUGCAGCCCAUCAUACCAAGUUCAGGCGUGGGUGAAUGGGGUGUACCAAAUCACAUCUUUCAAUUUCUAGAGAUUGCUGAGGUGAUGACAGCUAUGGGCCCGCUUAUGGAGUAUUUCCACAAUCACCCUGGAAUUGGCCCCAAAGAGUCAUUAAUUCGAGUGACUCACGAAAACGCGCAAAACAUGGCCCAAGCCAAUAACGCUCGACUGCAGAAUCAGAUGGCAAGAGCCGCCAGUGGCCAAGUUGGGUUUCCCAAUCAGAUGAACUCUGGGAUGAAUGGCCCCACGAUGAUGAAUUCUCCUGGAAUGGGUCAUCUUGCUGUUCCUCAAGCACAGGGGUCACCGCUUAUGGGAGGCCCAGUGCACACUCCAAGUCCGGCUCAAAAUCCGGCCGCGGGUGGUGUUGCGAUGAUACAUCAGAUGAGCGCGCAAGGGUCGAAUCUUAGUGGCAGUCAAGGUCCUAGUACCAAUACCAGCCCGAACGUCUCCAAUAAAAGACGACGAGCGAGUGCGGUCAAGAUGGAAGAAGAUAAUGCCGGAGCAGAUUCCAAUGGUGCCCACAAAGUCAGGCCCAGUCCCAAGAUUGGUGGAAAGAGGCAGAAAGGUGCUCAAUGA